UCUGUCCUGUCCUCAUUUAUGUUAAAGUCUAUCUUUGUAUUCUCUAAUUCUAUGUACUGAGUUUCCAUUAAUGGAAGAUCAAUCAUAAUUCAUAUUUGUAGUUGUGUUCUUUGAGAAGUUCAUAACAUUGGUGCUUUCAUCGAUUUGGACUCCAAUGGCAGUGGUGAUACUGGAUAAGUUCAGCAAUGGCAACCCAGAGGGCUGAGUUUAUCGGGCGGAGCGUUACUUCAAAUUUCUGGGUUUCUCCGAAGAAGAUUGGUUACCUCUUCCAUAUUUUUACCUGGAAGGUGAUGCCCUCAAUUGGUUUGAUUGGCUCUUUCGCAACAAACAAUUCUAUGAUUGGAACCAUUUCAAGGAGAAAUUGUUUUUGCGAUUUCGGAAACUACCUGUCAUAGAUUCGAAGAGGAGGCUUGCCGAUUCAUCCUUGGCGUAUCAUAGCUACAUUAGCCACUCUACUUUGAAUUCGUCUAAGACUCAGGUAUCUCCUUUAGCUGAUUUACGCCAUAAUUCCAACUUCUAUGAGUUAGAAUCUGCAUUCAAAGUUGGUAACUCAGAGGCCAAGCAUGUGUUUGAUGAAAUGUCACAUGGACUUUUCGCCAGAACAGAAGAGGAAUAUUCUUUUGUUACAACAACGUGCCAAAGCACAGAAACAAAUGCUUAUGUCUCUCACUUUGUACCCGAGUUGGACGAUUAUCAGUCACCUAAGGUGUUCGACGCAAUGUUAUAUAGCUGCUGCCCCAAUUUACUGGUCGACGCACAAUCAGAUGCUCCAAUCGACAUACCUGAUUUAGAAGCUACAGGUCCUACAAGCAGCGAAGUCCAACAGUUUGAUAAAAGUGUUCAUAGAGAUAUGUCAGAGAGGUAUGUUACUGCAUCUUCUCUUGAUCGUGGCUCUAGUGAACAACACAUUAAUUGUGAGACCUGGGAUGACCUAUAUCUUGCUGAUUUUUUUAUGGAGCGUGAGACUAUUGUUAAUCUAUAUCUUGCUAACUUUUUUACGGAGAAUGAGGAUGAGAUUCCACCAGGUGAAAUGCCUUCGAAUGAAACAAUACUUGAUGUUGAGCAUGGAAAAGAUGAAGGUAUUCUAAUGAUGGUGAGUGUACCACAUAUUGCUUUCUCAAUGAAAUUCGACAACACUUGUAAGGAUUAUUCGACCAUAGUUGUGGUCAAUUUCAAGGAAUACAUUUCAAGUCCAAGUAUCAAAUGGGUUAUACAGUGAAUAUGGAGACACUGCCAUUGAUGGGAUCUACUUGCAUGUUUUUCUUCUUCGUAUAUGCUAACCCUAUGACUCAUGUGUGGGAUUCCAUAGGGCACUCGUUGCAUCAUCAUUAUUGCGCUCGCUAUUUUACUAGGCCAACAACUGACUUUAAUGCUCCACAUCUUGGUUUAGUUCUAAAUGUUGCUGGACAAUUUCACAGAGAAGGAACUGCACAAGUCCUUCAAAUUGUCAUAGCUGGGAAAACGGGGGUAAAUCCGAGAGCCCAAGUUACUUUUGAAAUGCAUGUAGUCUUCGAUCCGGGAGGAGGCCCUUUGGAUGUACCAAUUCUUGAAGCCAGAGAUGGUGUCUUUGAAGCAACCUUAAAUGCCAUAGCUACGCUAUUUAUAUACAAUGCACCUCUCUCUGUUGACACCCUUGAUCUUCAAGAUUGGAAAACAAGUAUUCAUGAAUUUACCAAGUUAGAAUAUGGCUUGUCAUAUUUUGGUUUUUAUUCCCUUAUAAAUCACAUUCUAUAGGUAGCAUUAGAGUUAAUGGUGCACUAGGUGAGUUGCGGAGAAAAAUAAAAGGGAGUAGAAAUAUUGACUCCACUGAUUGUUUGGGGAUGUUUGAAACUCUAGAGCUUCGUCCUGAAUUUAAUGGCGUAGUUGAGUCUAUGGAGGGGCGUUUCAGCACUUUGAGUAGGAGAACAAAUGAACAGCUAAUUACAAUGGACCUAUGGGUUGACAUACUGGAGAAAAAGGGCAGCCACAGAAACUGCCCAGCAUUUGUUGCCUUGCUAGAAGCACAGCGUGCCCUUGUUAUAGAGGGGGUUCUUGUUCUCCUUCCUACAUGUGAUAGAGAUGAGCUCGCCAUAGAAAUAUGUAUAGCAAGUUUCGUGUUAGUUAUUGAUGCCGCUGCAGUAAAUAUCAUUUUCCGCACUAGGGUUGCUGGCACACAUGGGGCUGCUGAUUUCUUUUUGAUAUGCAAGUGGACUGUCCAGCUAGGCCUUAUACAUGUGAAUGUUUAUCUAGCUACAACUAGUUUACCAUUAUCCUUUAUUGAAGGAUUUCUUGUGUCGAACCUUGAGGACAAGGUUCUUAUUGAGGACGGGGUAAUGUUAUGAUAGAAAAUGAAGCUGGGCUUUAGAUAGAUGUUGGGCCAGAUGAGAAUGCAAGUAUUGGGCCGGUCUGGGAAAGCAAGAGAACAACAAGGCCUCUCCAAAGACUAUUAGUUAAAUAGCAGAGUAUACGGGCAUUAUGAGGGGAAGCUGAAUUUGUUAGAAACAUAUCCUCUCUCUGGUCUAUUUAUCCCUCAUCUCUAUUUCAUCUGUGAAUCUGCCUCCCCCCUUAUCCUUUCUUUCUGUCACUGUCCUCAUUUAUGUUAAAGUCUAUCUUUGUAUUCUCUAAUUCUAUGUACUGAGUUUCCAUUAAUGGAAGAUCAAUCAUAAUUCAUA